AUGGUACCGGAAGGGGGAUGUGCGGCUGUGGAUCUGCUGGAUACAGGACAGUCGUGUAAUAUGGAGAAAGCAGACGGUGAACUCAACAACCUGAACAUUGGCGUAACCGCCCGGAAUGGAUCAGCCCCCCCCAAAGAUACGUCAGCGUCCUGCUGCUCCUCACUAAAGAUGUUCCUCGUCGCUCUGUGUUUCUCGUAUUUCGCCAAGGCGUACUCCGGAAGUUACAUGAAGAGUUCGAUAACGCAGAUUGAGCGCCGCUUCGACAUUUCCUCCUCCACGGUCGGGAUGGUGGACGGGAGCUUCGAGUUUGGGAACCUUCUGGUCAUCGCCUUCGUUAGUUACUUUGGGGCAAAUUUUCACAGACCGCGAAUCAUCGCUGCCGGCUGCUUUGUGAUGGCGCUGGGAAGUUUCCUCACAGCUAUGCCGCACUUCUUCAUGGGAGUAUAUCAGUACGAAGCGGUGAGGACGCACAUGGCUCCACCCAAAAAUUCAACAGGCUUCUCUUACAGCUUCUCCCCGUGUCUGACCAACACAACACUGACUGUAAACAUCAAGAGAG